AUGGAUUCUAAGCGGCGCAAAGUGAAACACGUGCGAGGCGGCCUGCCCGCGCCGAAGUCGUUGCAACGUUUUUGGUCGCUGCCCGAGGUGAAGCUGGAGCCUGGACUGUCAGCGCUGCCCCAGGUGAAGCUUGAGCCAGGAUUGUCGCUGCCGCAGGUGAAGUACGAGUCCGGCGGGGUGAAGCGGGAGACCCGCAAGGUGAAGCUGGAGCCAAAGCCGAACCUCUCGGACUCGCUCAAGUUAUGCUACCAGAUCCUCAAAGUGCUGUUCAGCAAGAAGCACAAGGCCAUUGCCUGGCCCUUCUACGCGCCGGUGGAUGUCGUGAAACUUCGCCUGUACGACUACCUUGACAUAAUCAAGCAGCCCAUGGAUCUGGGCACCGUCAAGCGUAAAAUGGAGAAUCGCGAGUACAGCAAAGUCGCGGAAUUUGCAGCCGAUAUGCACUUGAUAUUCAGCAAUUGCUACAAGUACAAUCCGAAAACCCACGAUGUCGUGAUUAUGUGCGAGAAGUUGGAGAGUGUCUUUGAGAGUCUGUACGCUCAGGUACCCAGCGAAUCGGAGGACAGCAGCGACUCGUCAAGCAGCGACUCGUCAAGCAGCGACUCGUCAAGCAGCGACUCGGACUCCAGCGACAGCAGCGACUCGGAGAGCGACUUCAGCUGCUUGGACGACGAGUUCAGUCGCAAGCUGGGAAUUGUCCAGGCCAAGUUGGGCAGGCUUCGGUCCCAAAUGAGCCAGCUCACGGAGGAGCAACGUCAGCUAUUGCAGGAGAUGAGCAAACAGAAGGAAGCCGCGAUCAAGUUCGAUGCCAAGGGCUCAAUCAUUGAUGGUUUAAUAGUCAAGCUUCAGUGGCAAGAACAGAAGCUCUCCGCUGAGGUUCUUAGCCUGAAACAUGCCAUUCGGCAAGACAGUGACAAUUCCAGCGACUCGGACAGCGAGCCCAGCCAGGGCAACGGGCUCGAAUCCAGGCUGGAUAUCGUCAAACACGAGGGGAGCGUGGUCCUCUCCAAGUUGCAGGACUUUAUGGCGGCGGAUCGAAAGUUGAAAAGGGAUAAAAAUAAAUUACAGAUCUCGGUGGAGCAGCUCAACGCCAAGCAACAAAUCCUCGAUCAAAAGCGUAUCGAUCUUGAGAAUAAGAUGGCAAAAACCAACGGGGAAAUUGCCAUGCUGAUGCAGAAGAAACAGCGCCAGGAUCAGGCCUGCGGCUACAACUCAACUCGGACUCUUGUUGGAAAGCCGAUGAGAGUCAAGAAAGCUGUGCGUGGCAAAUAUGUAUACGAAAAUUAAGACUCAGCUUAGGCCAGCGUUGAGGGAGAUGUUGUAGGAGUUGGCCUACAGAAACGCAGCCCAGAAACAGAACCCACCAUGGACAACACCAGAAAGAGAGAGUCAAAGAAGACACAAGAGAAGUAGAGUGAAAGAAGAAACACUCGAAAGAGAGAGAGUCAAAGAAGACACACAACAGUCAGCGGCAAGCGCAACUCACAAAGGCAAGAAAAUCAAAGAAAUCCAAACAAUUAUGUUUAUGUUAAUGGCUGAGGAAUAGCCCAUAGAGAAUGGUAAUAUUAUUUUUUUUUUAAACUGAA